AUUCUUCACAACUCCAUCACCAGUACCAACAUACUCCAUUCUUCUCUAUUUUCAAGCUUCACCUACCAAUCCUCCAAAAUCAAAAUGGUUUCCAUCAAGUCUCUCGCCGUCAUCCUCUUCGCCGCCACCGUCACCGCAAUCCCCGUUGCUGGUGGAGAAGGACAUGGCAACAACGUCAAAGUCGAGGAUAAGAGUCAGCGCUGCCCGAAACAGGAGCAGAAGAUUUUCUGCUGCAACGAUGCCAGAGAUGCCAAGGCUGUUGGUUCCCACACUGGUAUUUUGGACAGAAUGGCUGUCAAGUGUAACAUUGUUCCAGUCGAUGUGCUUGCCGGUGAGCAAUAUUUCUCCCUCCGAACCUUUAAUACGAGGAUCGAACACAGCUAAUUGAUUGAAUAGUGCAUGUUGUCUCCAGUGCCAGCCAGUGCAGCGCUAAGAGUGCUUGCUGUACCAGCGAGCAGAGCCAGGUUUGUCCCCCCUCCCCCUCCUACAUUGAAGAUUAACAGUCGCUAACUGAUAUUCUGCAGAAUGGUCUCGUCAACAUCGCUGCUGGGUGCGUUGCUUUUGCCGGCAACUAAGGAGGAUUCGAAUGUGUGAAUAUGUUAUGAGGAGGGCGGUUUUAAGGGAAAUGGAGCGACAAGACCUAGUGUUUAUAUCUUAAUUCAUAAUUAUCUGUUUUGCUAUGCUACCUUGAUCCAAUGUGCAAACUAUUCCGUGAAGCGAAUUUAGACUUCUACUCCUAACUUAUGCCACAAUCGAAAACGUCAUAUACCCAAUUUAUUCAAUCUUUGGCAAAUUAUUCCUGGAAUACUAGUACAAUCUACGACCCGGAAGAACUCGAUGAAAACACCCCUAGCACUUUGUUCACUGGAAGUCUUCAAUCCCGAGGAAUCACUUGUGCCAUCCCCGACAGUAGAGGCAGUCUGGUAUCACAACCCCACACGAAAAUCUUGGCCACUAUAUCCGCGAUGCAAAAGACACCUCCCUUCCACACUCUAGGCGUCGGAAUCGAACAAGGGGCAAGUGACGUAUAGCCACGGGCCAUGAGUAAGCACUGAGGAUUGAAUCUCGUACGAAAGAGAAACCUAUCGAGCAACUGCUAGUAAAAAAAAAAAACAUGUAUCUCGAGAGAUGCUACUUUGAGCGUCGUCGAAUACUGGGCAGCUAUUUGUGGACUUAAGCCUCCACCGGGAGCAGGUGAAAAGGCAGCUUUUGCGCGGGCGCAAUGUCCCACACGUUGUACGGCGGUCGAAUAUACAUCCUCAAGCUACACUUUCUGAUACCGCCCCGAGCAUCCAGUUUAAAGCUCAAACCUCCUACUGUUGGUAAAUCUCGACAUCAAUCCAGUCGUCUUGCUUGUUCGCCCUUCUUUUUUUCUUGUCCUGCAACGGGCCAUGGCGGGUAAUAGAACAUAGCAAGAACAGGAAGAGAGAGCAGGAAGGAGGCCUUUCGGAAUUUCAAAUAUACGGGAGAAGCAAGAAAAAAACUCCGAGUGGGUGCCGGAGCAGUCGGUACACGAUAGAGGGCAAGUGCCCCACAUGGAAGUGUGUGUACUAGUACUAUACAACCGACAGCCCAGGUGGUGUUGUAGCUCGUAUCAUAUCCGAAGCAAUUGUUGGCCAACCCGAUUGUGAGAAACAUAAUUUGGUUUCCGGCUCACUUUCUCAUCUAGUA